AUGGCCACCAGUCCGAGCUACAACCAGGACACCGCGGCUCUCUUUCCAUCCACGCAGGGCGAGGUAUCGCGCAGCACAGAGGGUCCCUCGGCCUCAGAAUGGGAGGCCAGGAAGGAGGAUAUCCGCCGGCUCUACGAAAAGAAGCCCUUGAAGGAUGUCAAGGCCCAUCUGGAGAAGCACUAUGGCUUCAGAGCAACAGAACGUAUGUUUAAAUCUCGCCUACACCAGUGGAAGUUCACCAAGAACUCUUCCGACAAGGAGUACCAAAUAUGCGCCGUCCUCCACAAGACUCGUAAAGACAAAGGCAAGUUCGACAGUGCCUUUGUGAUAAACGGUAACCCGCGCUCUCUCCGCGACCUCCGCAAGUACAUCAAGGGAAGGAAGAUGACCGAGGAUGAAUUUCUCGAUGCCGCUCUGGAGAGCGUCAAUAUCUCCAAGCUCGACGACAAAGUGCGAGCGGUAACCCCGGAGCCGGAGCCCGAGUCUGAGGAAGUCGGCGAGCCCCAGGAUUCCGACGAUUCUGACGCCCCCACCCAACCCUCCCGGUACGCCAAGCUCACCCCAUCCUCGUCAAACGCCUCCUCCUCUCCCCACCAAUCCUCGGCGUUACAUAGAGAUGCCCUUGCCGCCUCCCGCCAGAUCGCCACGUCCGGUGCCUCCUCGUCAUUCAAUCAUGGCAAGCGCCGAUCUUCACAGACCUCGCACCGUCACUACUCUUCUGCCUCGUCAGUAUCUAAUCUUGCCGGCCAUGGAAUUGCUCAGAUACCGUCUGCGCCAGCCUUCACGCCUGAUACAUACUCAACUUCGCCGACAAGUGUGACGCGCCAUCAGACAGGACGACUAUCACAGCGCUCCUCGCCACGAAGGAGCUUCGAUCGGAGCGACAUCGAUAGCUUGGCGUACUCGACCCUCUACUCUGCUUCCCUGCCCCAAACAUACGGCACCGACAACCUCGAUGCUUGGGCUGCAAUGAUGAAUGUCGACGGCUCCGACACUUCGUCGCUUUCCGACUAUGAUGUCGUUUGCCCAAAAUGCCACCGGCUCACCUCCGACCAUUUCACUAGCUUGUGCAACCUUGGCACGCCAGAUUCUGGCGUCUACUCUCCUUCGUCACAAUCCAACGCAGACAUGACUCGUGACAUCUUCAACCCGUCGCCCGAUCUGCCAGCAGCAGCCAACCAUUUCGCCAUUCCAGCACCAACCAAGCAACAUGACCAUUCGUGGAAAUGGGUCUCACACUGCUUUUCGGCUUGUAUAUACUACUCUCGCAGCCGAUACACGACGACCUCGGACAACAAUCUCACGCAACACACCCCUGUAGCUACCAGUGCUCCCAACGACUUCGCCUUCGCGCGGUGGGAUCUGGAGCGCGCAAGCCAUGAGUUCCACGCGAUGCUCUCCAAGGGCGACCCCAAUGUCCUCAUUGCGCUCAACCAGACGGUUAUGGUCCUGAGCAUGCACAAUUGGGGAAACAUUACGCCGACGAUCUUGUCGUCCGCAACCAAAGGCACUGAGCAGGCUCUCGGGAGCUCCCACCCCAUCAAUAUCUUGAUCCGAUUCAUCAUCCGCAUGUCGAGUGGGAACACAAUGUAUGCCAACGAUCAAAUCACGAGCCCAACUCUGAAAGGUGUCUGGCAGGCAUUUGUGCAUGGUUGGACGAGUGAAGACGGCCAGCGAAUCAUCCACGCCGAAGGCGAAGCGGGUCGGCGAGCCAUUCCCGCCAUGUAUUGCUUUGCUUCUCUCCUGUGCGCAGAAGCUGUCAACGAACACAACCCUGCAAAACGAGCUGUCAUGCUAGCAGAGUGUGAGUACACUCUCAAAAAUUGCUACCAGUUGGCUUGUGCGACAUUUCAGAAGAAGCACCUCCAGACAGUCCAGGUCAUGGUCAAGCUACAGCUAUGUCUCGAGAGGCAGGAGCGGAUCCCCGAAGCCAUCGAAUGGACGGAGCGCGCCGUCCGAGAUGGCGAAGAGACUCUAGGCAAAUGGCACCCUCGUCAACUAGAAACCAAGCGUAUCCUGGCAGAGUUGUACAGAAGAGAUGCUCGGCAUGGUCAGGCAGUGGAAGACAUCUACUGGGAUGUUCUUGAAGGGAGGAUACGCAUGCUAGGCAAAAAGCAUGAGUCAACGAUGGCGAUCAAGCAGACCCUGGAACAGUUUCUGAAGGACAGAGGCCGCUGGGAGACUGACGGAGGCAGCAGCAAGACUUCGAGCGCAGCAAAAGACAGGAUGAAUGACUUGUGGGAGUGGACCCAUCUUGACCGGGAAGAUGGCGGGGACGGGGCUCCCGGUGACCAUGUGCAGGAGGGCUACUGA